CUAGACAUCGAAUACUUAAUAAUAUAAAGAACAUACGUAAGACCAAGCAAACUGUAAGGUGCCCAUGGAUCGCCCUUAUAUAAAGCUUGUUGUCAUUGGAGACGGCGGUGUUGGUAAAACGUGCAUGCUCAUGGCUUACACGACCAAGGAUUUCCCACGGAAAUGGCUCCCCAGGCAGUUCGACAACUGCUCCUUCCAUUACGUGUUCUCUGGUAAACCGGUGAUCAUGGCAUACUUGGAUAUUGUGGUUGAUCUAUUCGCCGAAGAUGUUCGCCAGCGUUAUUUAUACCGUCACACGAACGUCUUUCUUGCCUGCUACUCAAUGGGAAGCAGAGAAUCGUUCUUACAUUUAAAAGAAAAGUGGAUCCCAGACUUUCAAGCCCAUGGCCCCAAAGUCCCUUUUGUCAUCGUAGCAACUAAAUUAGACCUACGUCACGGAGCGGAAGAUACUGGAGAGAACCUUGUAAGCUACGGAGAGGGACACGCACUGGCCAAAUCACUGAACGCACCCUUUAUAGAGAUCAGUGCUUUAACUCGGGAAGGUUUAGACAAAUGCUUCGAAAUUGCUGCUGAACAAGCAUUGAGUUUCAUGGAACUCAAUCAAACAAACGGCCUCGAAAUACUGGACGGUUCAAGUACAGAUAAGCCAGUUCUAAUGCCACCAGUUAUCCCAGUUUUGCCCAAUGCUGGCAAAGCUCCUUGGAUGGAAAUAGAAACAUCAGAAUUUGCUGGUGACUGGUUAAAAACAUUGCAGGAUCCCAAAUUUCACGAUGUCACAUUUCUUGUCGAAGGUGUUAGACGUCUUCAUGCUCACAGAAUAAUUCUGUCUUCAGCCUCCAAGUUGUUUGGACAAGUUUUGGCCAGUACCAUGCCUUGUACGAGUUCACAGUUACAAGAGUUAAAUCAGAUUGACAGUUUUCAGAGAGAGGAUUUGAAUGCUGGUAAAGUUGAAGGAAUCAGUUCAGUUUAUGAUACUGGUUCGGACACAACCAUAGAACUUAGUGCAGACGUUAAGGCUGGAACUUUUGUAAGAGUUCUAGAGUUUUUAUAUGCAGGUACUCCAAAUUUACCUGAAGAUUGUGGAGAAGAUGAAAUUCAAGAACUGCGGAAGGUGUCUUUACUUUUUCAACUCCCUUAUUUGACCACAAUUUGUGAUAAUAUUUUAAAGAAAGAGGAAUUUUUGAAUCCUAGCAUUGGAACAUAUCUCACUGAUGAAACUGUUGCAAAAAUGAAAGAGCUUUUCUUUAAUCAAGAGGCAAAUGCAGAUGUUGUUUUUUGUGUUGAAGAUAGAAAAAUAUUUGCCCACAAAGUUGUGUUGUAUACCAGAAGUCACGUGAUGGCGGCCAUGUUUUCUGGUACACUUACAACAGGGUCUCAAGAGAUCAAAGACAAGCCAGUAGAAAUCAAUAUCAACAACACAUCAGCAGAAAAUUUCCUGGCGUUAUUAGAGUACCUCUACACAGACCACGCCCCACUGGAAGAAAGCGAAGACCUAGUUGGGAUUUUAGCACUGGCAGAUGAAAACUGCCUGCCCAGACUUGCGAACUUGUGUGAACUUUAUUUGAGUAAAGAGGUGGACAAGGCAUGCCAGGCUAAAAUACAGAGAGCUGAGAUUGAUGUGAUUGGAGUUUUAAACACAGCUCAGAUGCUCAAUGCGAAACAGUUGUCCAGGCACUGUCUUUAUCUGAUCUCCACAAAUUAUUUGGAUUUCGCGAACAGAAUAGAAUUUAACGACUUGUCAUACGCUGAUCGCGCCUAUGUUGAAAAUCAUCGAUGGCUUCCCUUGGGGUACUUAAAAGAUGUACAGGAGUAUGAAAACGCAAAGGACGAAAAGGGAGGCAACGAAUAAUGUUUAAACAUUGGCAGAUAAUUUGUUGGAAAAUCACUUUUUGUAUGUGUCCGUUCCAGUUGUUUACAUAAUAUAUAAACUUUAACAAAACUCAAAUAAUUCAUAACAAUGCAUACACGCCUUGUAAUAAUAUAGUUUAAUAUAAUGACGUAAUCUCAGUUUCCAAACCUUUUAUAAACCUCUUGCGUAAAUGUUUGAAAAUAUUUUGAGAAAUUUUAAUAUUUAGUAAACUUCAGGUUAAUGUGUAAGGCUCUUUAAGCAAGGGUAAAUUUUUGUGUAACAUUUUUUUCAAUUGUAAUAGCAGUUUAACUCUGUCUUGCAUUGAUAUAAGCUGCUUAACUCCCUGUGGGUCAACUUGUUGGUCAUUUUGCCAUGUUAUCUACUCAGAUUUAGUUUUAAUUGGUUCAGUUCAGUAGACAGUUUUGUUAUGGCCUCAGAUUAUUUUUGUUACUGACCCUUAUAUUCAAACCUUUUAUGGUCUUGUAAUCAUGUAUGUCAUUUUCUAUUGAUAAUAAACAUUAUUAACCUUGAAA